CUCAGUUAUGCACCACUUGGGUUUCUAACCCUGAUAUUGAAUAGUCGUUUGCUCACCGGUGUUCCUCCCGCUAUAUGAGUUUUAUUUUUCCUCGACCGGAUACUUGGAAUUAAUCGCUUUGCCGAGGACGAGGCAAUUUGUCUUCCUUGUUUUUGUAACUUUAAAGCUCUGUGGAAAUGUUAUAACGUAUUCACGGUACACUGACAAAUAGCACUUGAGGGUCCCUUCGAUAUUCCAAACUCUCUCUGAGCGAAAGUUUUGGGUCAUAAAUUGACUAUUCUCCAAUAAUAUAACUCACAGCCGAGAAGAAACGGGCUGUUCAUCUCCAUCACCUUUCCGGAUGAGUGGCUAAUUUCGAGGACAGAGAAUCGCGGAAUAUUGUGCACUGUUUUGGAACAUGUGAGGCCUCGGGCUAUCUUUACAUUCCCAACAAUGUCAAUGAACAGUUAACAUGUUGCUCGAUUAUUUGGCAAUUGCAAGAGACAAGAAGUGAAAGGUCACAGGAAAGACGGUUCGAAGUUUCAAACACUACAUAUGAGGUUUCAUUGGGCUAAAGUGCAAUUCGCCUUAUGUAAAGCAAGGAUCAGCGAGGAAACUUAAAGUAUAUUUAGAAUCGACCGACCAACCUAACCAAUAUAUUGCUAUACGGCAGUGACACAAGCGGUUUUUGCGGUUAGCGAAGUUACAAUCAUGAACAAUACCCACGACUCCAAUGAUGUUCUCUGCCUGAUUUGGAAAUUUUAAAUGCCAUUUGUUUUCAUUUUCCAUCUCUACUGAUGCUAUCCAUGCAAUAUUUUUAGCACUGGAAAUAUUUUUAGAACGAAUGGAAUAUUCAUAAGAUUGAACCUUUAGAGGCCACUGUUCAUAUGUGAAUGCCCUGAUAACAGAUUACCUGAAAGCUUAUUCAAAGUGUGGCUACACGCCUCCUGCAUCACGUUUUACAUUUAGACCGGAAAAUGUGCGUCAUUUCUAGAGGGUAAUUUAUACGAUUCUGAAAUAGCGCAAACAUUAUCCAUCACCCACGGGCAACUCUAAGGCGUCUUCGAUUUAAAGGGGGAAAAUGAGCGUGGUUUCGAUUUACAAGGAAUAUAACUUCGACUGAUUUUUGAAUGGGUUUUGCGACGAAGGAGGAAAAGAAGAACCCGUCAAUGCCUACGACACUGAGAGGUUAGGACGUUCCGAUCUACUCUAGAUUACAUAUUCGGAUCAAUGAAUUGAUGGGAAGCGUUUUCUUCAAAUCAUUCAGUGUUAGCGCUUCCGACAUGGACUAACCCUUUCAAGAUUUUUGAUAUAGCCUUGUUGGUAUAAUUGUUUAGUUUACAACGCCGUGAAAAGACUUGGUCUUUUUGCAACCAGCACAUUGAAUCAUGUCUGACGGAGAGGAGCACUACCGUUUGGUAGUGAUGGGGUCAGGUAAAGUAGGCAAAACCGCAAUAAUUCAACAAUUUAUCAAUAAUAAAUUUGAGGAGAAGUAUAAAGAGACGGUAGAGGAUCUACAUUGUCGGGAAUAUCACAUCAAUGGACAUAGUAUUAAAGUAGAUAUUCUUGAUACGUCAGGAACAUUGCAAUUUCCGGCGAUGAGGCGAUUAUCAAUCUCUACGGCUCAUGCCUUUGUCUUGGUUUAUUCUAUUGAUGAUUCGGCGUCGUUUGAGAACGUUAAACAGAUAUAUAAUCAGAUCCAAGAACAGAGGACAAACUUCGGAGACAUACCAAUUGUGGUUGUAGGGAAUAAAUCCGAUCUCGAGCUCCAACGUCGGGUUGAUAUCGACGAUGCACGCGUGACUUUGGCGCAAAAUAAUUGGCACUGCGCGCACGUUGAAGCGUCAGCAAAGGAAAAUUCUCUAAUACUGGAUAUCUUUCAAAAGCUUCUGCAGAUGGCGAAGAUUCCAAUCGCCCGAGAGUUGAGCCCGGUGUUGAAACGGAGAAUGAGUGAAUAUGGUUACAAGUCAAGGCAGCGCGGGGAGAGAAGAAGCUUUAGAGAAAGCGAUAAGGAAAUGUCCCGAAGUCGGAGCUUGAUUCGAAGAUCUGCAAGACCGAAAAUGAAAGCAACGGACCCAAAUAAAAACGACUGUGUCAUCUGUUAGUUCAUUAUGUGAUUAUAAUUUUGUAGAUUGGUAUUAAUUAUUUCAAGUGUGAUUCAGGAGUGUGAACACAUGAGAUGGAUGCGUCUGUUCUUUGGGGAACAUAAAGCUUCAUCUAGUUUUUCUUUUCUACAUGGAUGCAGUGACGCGUUCUGUCUCGGUGAAUUGAAAAUGUCUUGUUCUUUGGUUUAAACGGGCAUUCGUCAUGCAUGUCAGUUCUUCCGCUAUUUGCUGCAUACUUAGAGAUGAAUACGUAUGAUAAAACAUUCAAUUCAAUCAACAUCUUUGUCUGUUAGCUUCUGCUCUGCUUGGAAACAAGGAGAUAAUUCGAUGUAAUCACUGCUUAAGGAAGCCUUUUAUGUAUCAGGCAAUGUUUACCCGAGGGCCGUGCAAUUAUUCUCAUCAUUUUAUUUCAGCGAAUUGUCUGUCGUUCUCGAAAAUUAAGAUACAGACAUUUGGUAUGGACGGGUAAUGAACUAUUGUGUGAAAAUUCUAUUGUAUUCUUAUCUUGUUAUUUCUGCUUUUGAAGGUGUGAUGAAAUUUGACUGUUAUUGUCAUAGAUGAUAAUUUGGAGGUUUUGUUAUUGUACGGGGGUAACAAGAUGUCAAUAAACACUACUCGCGAGGUGUGUUAAAGAAUCAAUUUAACCAUGAUUCUUGUGAGAAACUAGAUUGAAAUAUGGGACAUCCAAAUGUACAACAAUAAAAUGAUUAAAAACAAAAAACAACAAAUAUUCAAUCAACCUGGCUUAAUAAAAUGUUGCGUGAAGAGUGCGUGUCGAAACAAGAUCAUGGAAUAACACUACGGAGUACGCGAAACAAUUCCAAACUGUGUAUAAAAUCUAGAGAAAAUACACUGUAUAAAAAAUAGUCUCAAGAUAACGUGGGUUGUUAUGAAGAAAUCAAUUUAUUACUUAUGAAGGUAAUUUUCGCCAGAGAUCUAAUCCCUUUUAACAGGUUUAUGUAGAUUGAAACACCCCCAUACGGAUUUUAGUAUCGUUAAGUACCUGUGCAAAUUAAAUUAGGUUCGUCACUGCACAUAACAAGUGUAUUCCAACCAUGCUGAGGUAAACACACUAUUGGUUCGAGGUAUGAUGUUCUCGCUUCAGGCGUCUGUUCUAAUUUCGAUGCCAAACAAUAAUAGAACCUGUAACGUACUUUGCAUUUCUCUUCGAUAAUGUUGAUUGAGUAACACGUGUUGUUGCAAUUAUAUCAUCCCUGAACAAAAUGCGAGGUAUUAUUAAUUUAUGCAUUUAAACAUUAUUAUGCCUGUGGCGCUAGUAGCUACCUUAUUCACUCGCAUGACAUACGAAACCAUAAUAUGGUAUAAGAGUGAUCACAAAUUAAAUGCAGUGCCGUGUAAAUCUGGACCUUUUUUGGGAAUAAACAUUUGUAUGUAUACUUAAAACUUAGAAGCAGCGUGUUGUAGCCUGAAGGUACAUUAUAUGGCUUUAGCCUAUAAGCUAUGCAUACAUGCCAUGUAUGACCACUUCUUGAAGCUAAAGCUUAUUGAUCAGUCCGUGAACUCAAUAACAUUUCCAAUGUAUCAAUAUGAAUAGAUGUUGAUGAAUUUUGGACCAAAGACAUACGGUGGUUGGACCAAUUACAUUCCAUGGUUAUACCGACCAAAGAAUUGUAAAUUCUUUAUUUCAUCACCAUGAUCGCAGUGCAAAGUUAUAUGUAAGAUAAGCCUACAUAGCAUUUCCAUUUAAAGUCAAUAUUCAAACCCACCAGUACUUAGCUUAUAGCUAUGGGGUGUAUGAGAACUUCGGAACAUUUCAUAGCGCUCUGUGGGAUAAUUUUAAGUAUAACCUUUCAACUAUCUGUGUGAUAGUUUUAAGUGCCCAUGUCAUAGUAUUUAACUUUGAGGUAAUUUAUAUAUUUGCCGUCAUUAUCGACAUAAUAAUAUAUAAAAUAUAAAGAGAUGAUUUGAUUGUAAGUAAACAAUUGAACUUUAUAAUCUAAGGAUUAUUAACACUAAUCCCCAUCGCUGAAAAGUUGGGCUACCAUGGUAUAAGAAGUAUGAACGCGGUCAUGAUAAUCGCCUAUAUCACUUGUCAACCAAAAGGGGUCAAAGAUGCAUCUGGAUCUUUAGGCUAUCCUUCCUGUUAACAACCAGUUGUUCACUUGUUCAGAGAUAUAUCCAAAUAAUUAUAAUGCAGUUUCCUUUUCUAUCUUUUCGACAAACAAUUUGGGUAUUAAAACUAAUCCUAGUACACAUGCGUUUACACCAAUAUACGCUGAACUAUAGAAGGCACUUGCCGGUACGUACCGACACUUGUACUGUUUCACCUAUACAACAUCGUCUUAUAAUUAUCUUUUGGUUGUUUCGUACACGUGCUAAGUUUCCCACAAAGAUAUCACCCAUUGUAUGAGCUGCAUACGAAUAUCUUAUCCAAAAGGAGCUUCUGAUGUUUAAAUUUGAUGUAUAUUCUAAGCUCCGUAGUGCACAGGUGGUGUCAAUAGUCCCCGGUGUGGGUUAUGGCGUUUGUUUGUUUAUUUGCUCGUUUUUGUCUUGGAAAUGCCGAAUUGGCGUUGCCGUUAUCACUGGAUACACCGAGGUGCGAUUAAAGUGAAUAUACAGACCGAAGUGAAGCCAUGUUAAAUAUUAUUACUAUUAUACGUCCAUUUUUUUUUACUACGAAAAGUCCUUCUUAAGAUCCCUUGGCAUUCCCUGUUGGAAAUAGCUCAGUCUCCCACAGUGUGUUAAUACUGUGUUUCACACACUGAUAUCAUCUUCACACUUUUAAUUCUGAGCAUUUCACAGCGUGAAUCACAUUGUAACAUUGUCUGUCACGUGGAGACACUGUGCAACCCUAUUUUCUCUGCAGCAGGGUCGACUUUUUCCGGGUCCGAAGUUCCAAUUUCAUGUCUGGAUAUAGACCUAUAAACCAUUGUUGGUUGUGUGACGUGCUUCGUCUUUCAAGUUAAUUAUUCUUUUUCCGCGAAUAAAAUAAAUUAAAUUCUUAACUUGGCUAGCGAUUCGCAGAGCAAAAAGAGUGCCACAUGUACACUCUAUAUCAUAUCCUCUGUUUUGCAUUCGUCAUGUCCGAAGAGGCAAAUACUUGGGAAUGCAAACAAAGUACAGCCUUGAAAGAUUGUAUAAAAAAUGUUUUUUUCCAACUUUUUGGAAGAUUUGAUCAAUAGGCCUACACCUAGACCGAAAUUAUAAUUGUAAGAAGACGAAAACCUCAAAAUCAACCUUCGAAAUAAUGUUCGGCAGUCUUCCUCGAACAUCAUGUGCAGUUCGUAUUCCUUGAACUAUAUGGAUUGAUUAGUCUGUGUUAUAUGAUAUUGUCUCUCAGGCCGUUUCAGACAUUUAUUAUUGUUACUCCAAUCGCACUCUCCCCUACAAUAACAUUUACCCGCCCAGGGUAAUCGUCUAUUAAAAAAUAUCAUGUACUAUGAUAUUCGACCCUCUAGAUGUUUUUGUAGAGUGAUUUGGAAAGGAUGGGCUGUCCAGAUCGUGCAAAUCCAAUACCAAUUAGUUGGAUUAAAAUGCUUUAGGCUAUCAGCGCCAUUGAUUUGGUCAGUCUUAUAUCCGUGCUAAUUGGACAGUUUCGUUUAUAUGGAAAAAAGGGGAUUAUAUCACCAAUAAAUAGUCAGAAUUGCUAUGAGGAUAAGUCCAAAUACCGUGUACAUUGUAGUCCACGGCAGCAAUAUUACACUCUU